AUGGCCGACCUGACUCCCACCGAAACCGCCGCCCCUGGCGCUGCUCCUCAAACUCUUCCCGACCGCACUGCAAACCCCGCUGAUAACCAAGCGGGCGAGGCUGGUGAGUCCAAGAACGCCGCUAAGAAAGCUGCGAAGGCCGCCAAGCUGGCUGCCGACAAGGCUGCUAAGGCCGCUGGUAAGGGCAAGCAAGAGCCCAAGGCUCCUAAGGAUCCCAAGGAGCCCAAGAAGAAGGCUGCUCCUAAGAAGAAGGUCGAGGGUGCCGCUUUGAUUGGUAUUGAUGUUGCAAAGGAGGAGGAUUUCCCUGAGUGGUACUCCCAGGUCCUUCUUAAGAGUGAGAUGCUGGAUUACUAUGAUGUGUCUGGCUGUUUCAUUCUCCGACCCGCUUCUUACUUCAUCUGGGAGGAAAUCCAGAACUUCUUCAACACACGCAUUAAGAGCCUCGGUGUCAAGAACUGCUCUUUCCCAUUGUUCGUUUCUGAGGAUGUGUUGGAGCGUGAGAAGGACCAUCUCGAGGGAUUCAGUCCUGAGGUCGCCUGGGUUACACACGCUGGAUCGACCCCUCUCGAGAAGAAGAUCGCUAUCCGUCCUACCUCCGAAACUGUUAUGUACCCAUACUACUCCCGCUGGAUUCGAAGCCACCGUGAUCUGCCCCUGCGUCUGAACCAGUGGAACUCCGUUGUACGAUGGGAGUUCAAGAACCCCCAGCCCUUCCUGCGAACUCGUGAGUUCUUGUGGCAGGAGGGUCACACUGCCCACUUGAACGAGGCCAGUGCCCAGGAGGAGGUCUUCCAGAUUCUUGACUGGUACUCCGAUGUCUACAAGGAGCUCCUUGCCAUCCCCGUUAUCAAGGGUCGCAAGAGUGAGAAGGAGCGAUUCGCUGGAUCUUACUACUCCCUCUCCAUUGAGGGUUACAUUCCCGCCACUGGUCGUGGUAUUCAAGCUGCUACAUCUCACUGUCUCGGAACCAACUUCGCGAAGAUGUUCAACAUCCAGGUUGAAGACCCCACAUCCAAGCCUGGUGAGCAGAAGCCUCCUCUCAAUGUCUGGCAGAACUCCUGGGGUCUGUCAACCCGUUCCAUCGGUGUCAUGGUCAUGACCCACAGUGACAACCGCGGUUUGGUCCUUCCCCCCCGAGUUGCCGAAACUCAAGUUAUCAUCGUCCCUGUCGGUGUCACCGCCAAGACCACCGACGAGGACCGCCAGAAGCUGUACGCCGAGAUCGACGGCCUCGUUACCGUCCUCUCCGCUGCCGGUAUCCGUGCCGCAAGCGACAUGCGCGAGGGCUACUCCCCCGGCUGGAAGUUCAACCAGUGGGAGCUCCGCGGUGUUCCUCUGCGUCUGGAGUUCGGUCCCGGCGAGUCUGCCGGUCACUUCGUCACCACCUCUCGUCGUGAUAUCCCCGGCAAGGACGGUAAGGGUACCAUUGCCAUCCCUGAGCUGGCAACUGCUGUUCCCGCUCUCCUGGACACCAUCCACGAGGAUCUGUACAAGCGUGCUGAUGCAGAGUUCUCCGCUCACCGCAAGGUCGUCACCAAGUGGGAUGAUUUCUGCCCUGCCCUUAACCAGAAGUGCGUCUUGGUUGUUCCCUUCUGUCUUGGUGAGACUUGUGAGGGAGAGAUCAAGGAUGCCUCUGCCCGUAAGGCCGUUGAGGAGACUGGUGAGGCUGAGGAUGCUAAGGCUCCUAGCAUGGGUGCUAAGAGUUUGUGUAUCCUUGCUGACCAGGGUGAGGGUAUCGCUCCUGGUACUCCCUGCAUUAACCCCAAGUGUACUAAGCCUGCUGAGAAGUGGACUAUGUUUGGUCGCUCUUACUAA